CCCCUCAUUAUAAUACUGCAAUACAUAAAUCCCUCCCCGAAUGUGAUACUUCUCUCUUGCAUCACAACAAAAAGUAACGAAAUAAUUUCCAGCGGCAUAGUUCGAUAUACUUCACAGCUGUUUCUUAUUCUUGCAAUUGAAACUGGGAGCACUGCCAAAGACCCUCUACCUCUCUGAAGCGGGUGAAGCUACACGAAAAACAAUCACAUAGUUUAGACGGUCCAAGCAGACCUUGGCCGGUCCUCUAUUAAAGAGAUAACUGUCUAGUACGGAAAUCAAUGUCCUCACCUGUGAAGCUCACUAGUACUGUGGGUGUUUCAAAAGAUCACCUUGAGUAUGGGUCCUUUCGGAAAUGGCUCAAACCUAUCCGGGUUCGAGCCACGGUGCAUCCAGAUUUGUCGACAGCGCCAAGAGAGGUGGGAGAAGCUUUUGGAUUCAUUAUUCGUCGGGAAGCCAUCCGCCAAACAUUCCACAGAUCAAUGGAACCUCCACAUAAAGAGACAAUGGACCUCGCAUUCACGCUAUUCGACCGUUACGGCAGGCUGAAUAAGGAAAUAAUUGAUCACACGAUCAGAAAAGGUACGGGGUGGUGGAAUGAAGAGGUGGAUCAUGGCAAUAUCGUCCUAAUCGAGAACGUAAAUGUGGACAAGGAGUGGCGAAGGCAAGGUGUUGGAAGGAAACUAGUCUUACAGCUCUUGGAGCAGGCCAUGGCCUCACGAUACAACCCCAAAUUUGCAUUUGCGCGUCCGGCAGCCUUCUACGACCGAACGAACAGGGAAGAGAAGCAGGGGCAGACAGAGGAACGAAACCGGGCUCUUCAUCAAUCAAAGAUUACAGCCGUAACUUCUUUCUUUCGAUCCAUGCAGUUCCGACGGGUGGGUGUCACUGAAUGGUUCGCUUUGGCCCGAGACGAGAAGCACCCAUCUCGUCAGUUACUAUGUAUCGAGGAUUCAGAUCCCGUGUUGGAUGAUUCAUCUGAUAGUGAUAGCGAUGAUGAACCUGAGGUGAUAUUGUGCGGAUUUUCGAUGAAUCAAGACGGUACCAGCCCGAAAUUUACUCAGAAUAGGCUCUCGAAAAGCGACGCAGCAUCACAAGGCUUAGAAGCACUCUUCAAAAGCAAUGGCGCUACCCGAGAUGAGGCUCGUCACACGUCCGCUGCGAUACUGAAACGAAGACAUCCUUUGCAUUACGCAAUCAAGGUUUUGACAGACACAGACUGCCUUGGAUUCCUUCAAUCUCAUACUCGAAACAGCUCAGCUGAGAAUUUUGAUAUCGAAGCGAUAAACGGACAUGGCGAUACAGUUCUACAUCUCGCAGCGAAAGCAUCAAAAUCAGCAUGCCUAAGCUGGAUCAUGGAUUCUUCAAGUGGUGUAAGGCUUGCGAGCAUGAGGAACUAUGAAGGGUAUACCCCCUUGGAAGCGUUGAAGGCACAACUCGAGUGUGAAAGAAUUAGCGAACCUUAUAGUGCUUCACGAACAAAAUGCGUGGCUGAUAAAUUCGAUGGAUUUGAUGAUAGUUCCAUCGCGUGUCUCCUUAAGCUCAUCGGACUCGAAGCGCCAACGGCCGAGCAACGAGGCAUGGCCAAAUUCGGAUGCAGUUGUGGACAAUGUGUGGCUGGCUUCUUGAGCCCACGCAUGAUCAAGAAACUACGCGACGAAGCCGAUGUUCUUUACGACCUCUUAACUCAUCUUGGCUCUACGGAGGAUGGAGAAUCUUGGUACUUGGAUUUCAAGGAUACUCUCGUCCAUCUUCCGGACAGACUCCAGCCGCAUUUCCAGCGGAACAAGAUAUUACGAAAUGUAUUCACUGAGCUCGUAGGCACUGUGGCCAAAUGCCUAGCUGAAAAAGUUGUUCCUCACAGAGCUAGCGUGGUUAAUUCCCUCAGAGAAACACCCAUUUGGUCGCAGAUUGAUGGGUAUUACUUCCAGAAGGGAGGAACAGUGGCAGCCGCUGUAAACAUAGUCAUCGAUAAUGCUAAAGAGCAUGACACCGAGGCAGGAACGCCAUUGUACGAGGUCGCAGACAACGACAGCUUAUCUGAACUACCCAAUUGCCGGAACGACAACGAAUUUGAGUUUGUUCGCCGACAUUGUAUUGACAAUAAACCCCCAAGAACCGAUCUGGAAGACAUCGGGUCUCCUGUGGAUAUGCCGUGGCUCACUCAAAUGGCCCGUAUGAUGUUACUGGGGCAAGAUCCUUUUGAUCAUAUUGGAUAAUGCAUAUAUUUUCCAACCACCUGAUUUACAAAAGAGGAUAGAAGAUUUUAACUUCGCAUGAGAUUUCUCUCCGUUUUAGCGACGGUUAUCAGUAAAUUGAAAUAGGUUUCUUAAAAAUGUGUGAAUUACAAGAGAACAAGGGGGGGUUGACGCCAGAAUAACUAUCUACUCCUUUUGAACUAGAACUAGGUAGACAAGAAAGUCCGAGAGAAUAAUCCUCUCUCACAGGCAGAUACUCCUCUACUGAACAUCACAAACAUCGCAAACAUACCACAUUCACUCUCCUUGCUGAAUCAGAUUCAUUCCUUGACAACAAUGCCUUCACGAUAGAAUAUGGUCCGCUCAAUUGGAGUGCUGAGAUGAAUCUGGCUCUAGAUGCCGAAGCCGGACCGGGCAAAAUAAUCUGUUAUUGCUGCUGAGAUAAUGUUAUCUUU